CUAAGUGAAAAAAUUUUAAAUAGUUAAUUAUUAGUAUUGAACUCUUUUCACUUCCUUUAGAAUUAGUAACAACAUUAGAUCAAAGAUGGCUGCUUCUGUUCCACACCCAAAGAUCGUCAAGAAAUACACCAAGAAGUUUAAGAGACAUCACUCUGACAGAUACCACAGAGUUGCUGAAAACUGGAGAAAGCAAAAGGGUAUUGAUUCAUGUGUCAGAAGAAGAUUCAGAGGUACUAUUCCUCAACCAAACAUUGGUUAUGGUUCUAACAAGAGAACUAGAGGUUUAACUCCAUCUGGUCACAAAGUUUUCCUCGUUAAGAACGUUAAGGAUUUAGAUGUCUUAUUAUUACACACCAAAACUUAUGCUGCUGAAAUUGCUCACAACAUUUCUUCAAAGAACAGAGUUGAUAUCAUUGCUAAGGCUAAGAAAAUCGGUGUUAAGGUUACUAAUCCAAAGGGUAGAUUAGCUUUAGAAGCUUAAAUCAAGUAUAUUAAUUAAGUCGUAAUAUCAUUAUUAAUCAAUCAAUUAUCAUUAUAUCGUCAUAUCUUAAUUACUUACUUUAUUAAGUAUUCUAAAUUAAUUAAUUUAGUCUUCUUCUUUAUGUACAAAAUAUAAAAUUUCACAUCUUAUAAUAAU